CCAUCGGUGCCGAUGAAGGGGCAGCUGCAGAAGGAUGACAGAGAAACUGAAGCUUGACGGUGAAUCCUAGGGUUUUAAGGAGAGAGCAAAGUCCUGGGACAGCGACGUAUUGUCCCUGCCCACCAGCCCAGAAUGAACAAACAGGCGCCAGCCAGGGAGCAGCGAGCCAAGAAUCCGGACGAACCUCUGCAACCGCCAUUUGCCAUUCUCGCAAAGACUACCGGGACCACAAUGCAACGGGGCGCCGAGCUAACUCCCAGCAGGCGAGGCGCCACCGACCGCGGAAGACUACAAGCCCCAGCGGGCUACGACGGAACGCGCCCGGGAAUACCGGGCCCCCAGCUCGGGCCAGCGCCCGAGGAUCAUCCACAGGGCUAGAUGGCUGCGUCGGGGGCGGGAGCGGAGGUGAGCGGGCGCUAGGGCCGUGCGCCCCCGCCGGCCCUUCCUCCAGCGCCCUGUGGACCCCGCAGAAGGCGUUCGCCUUCCUAGCCCGCAAACGCGUAGUCGAUUUUUCUCGCUGUGGCAACGGGGACGUCCCGAAAGAUCCUCUGCUCCGAUAGGCAACUUCGGCCUUCCCUGCCCUGACCUGGAACCUCUGGGAGGGCUGCAGAGUAAGUGCCGCCUCUGCGCUCUGACGGAGGCACGAGGCCUGCGGAAUAGGUCCCUCUGUUCCGACAGGUGCGACACUUAGCGCUCCAUGCCUGCGGGCUCCGGGAGGCAUGGCCUCCCCCAGGGCCGCCACCUCUGCUGGUUGCUCUGUGCUUUCACCUUAAAGCUCUGUCAAGCAGAGGCUCCCGUGCAGGAGGAGAAGCUGUCAGCGAGCACCUCAAAUUUGCCAUGCUGGCUGGUGGAAGAGUUUGUGGUAACAGCAGAGUGCUCUCCAUGCUCUAAUUUCCAGGCUAAAACUACCCCUGAGUGUGGUCCCACAGGGUAUGUAGAGAAAAUCACAUGCAGCUCAUCUAAGAAAAUUGAGUUCAAAAGCUGCCGCUCAGCUUUGAUGGAACAACACUUAUUUUGGAAGUUCGAAGGGGCUGUUGUGUUUGUGGCCCUGAUCUUCGCUUGUCUUGUCAUCAUUCGUCAGCGACAACUGGACAGAAAGGCUCUGGAAAAGGUCCGGAAGCAAAUUGAGUCCAUAUAGCUACAUUCCACCCUUUUAUCCUGGGUCUUAGAGACCCAAUCUCAGACAGUGAACGUGAAAUGGACUGAUUUGCACUCUUGGUUCUUUGGAGGCUUGUGGUGGAAUCCCCUUUUCCCCGUCGCCUUCUUUCAGAUCAUUAAUGAGCAGAAUAAAAACAGUAAAAUGGU